UUCGUUCGUGCGAGGGUCAUAGGGCACGGUGUGAGAACGCGACGGGGCUCCGUAGAACCCUGUCUAUAAUCAGAAAAUGAAGUAGUCACACUGGUCUAUCUCUGCUCUUUUCCUAAACUAGUGAGGAAUGUCUAACGAACUCGAGAAAGCCCACCAAGAGUUGUACGAUGCUGGUAUGGUUAUGCGUCGCAAAGUCAUGGGGGAUGAGUAUGUAGACAACCAAUUGCGGAAGGGGGAAUCGGAAUUCAUGAAACCAAUGCAACAGCUCACUACAGAAGUUGGCUGGGGUACCAUAUGGAGUCGACCGGGUCUUGAGCCCAAACAGCGUAGUUUGAUAAACUUAGCGUUGCUUGCCUUCCAAGCGAAAAAGGCUGAGCUCGCAGGCCAUAUACGAGGUGCAGUAAAGAACGGCGCGUCUGAGAUAGAGAUUAGAGAGACAUUAUUGCACACAUCCGUAUAUUGCGGAAUUCCUACAGGGAUGGAGGCUUUUCGCGUGGCUGAUGAAGCGGUAACCAAACUCAAAGAAGAAGGAUUACUUCCCAAAUAGUGGACUGAAAAUCAUGAUACAUAUAUGACUCGAAGGAUAACAUUUUGAAUGCGUUCCUAUAUGAUACAAACCUCUGGAUUCGAUAUAAAAUAAAGCGGGCCUUGUUUAUGCAAGGGCUGGGUUUAUCAACUUCAGAUUGGGCUCGUUCAGAACACGAGA